AUGGACGCCGACCUAUCGGUAGCUCCGACCUGUCCAUCCCUCCGACCGGCAAUAUUUCACAGUCUGUCUACUCUCUGCAGUCGUCAGUUCACCUCGAAUCAGGGGCAGGGCUAUGUUGCCACGAGAAAGAGCUGGCAGCAGGCUUUCAUUACGCACAGGCCAUUCGGCCAAUUGGAGAGGACGACAGAGUUUAGCAAUGAGCAUGGCCACAUCGUCUGUUCCCACUCGUCUAUGCACGAACGCACUUACGCCUGUCAGCACCAUGUUUGCAUUCCUGUCGGCUCAUCAAUCUGCAAUUGGCAACCGGUUGUCAACUUUCGCCCCAAACUGGCGGCA